UAAAAGGUUUGGGAAAUUAGAUGUUGCGACAAUAAACACUCGAAUUUUGGAGGGCCGCCCUGAAAAAAUGACACAAGUAACAUGGAAAAAUAACUUAUCAUUACUUAGAUUCUUGUCGAUCAACCAAUAUGAUUUGUAA